GAGCAAAGAGCUGAACUGAUUUACAUUAUUGAAAAGCAGUAUGAAGAGAGAAAGAAGUUAGUAUACCCCUAUUUGGAUGUUUUUGUUGUUCACCUAUCAAGAAUGAUUUUCAAAACGGUUGACCGCUUUGAAAUUUUCCGUAUCACAGGUUUUAGUAUCUGUAUUUUUGUGAUUUUGAAGUCAGAGAGGCCAGCAGUUUGCUAAAAAAGAAAAUAUUGAGGUAUUUCAAAAAUUUAAGUUAAUGUAGAUGAUUGAGUUCGGUUUUCGGGUUAACUUAUCACUGAUGACGACUGAAGAUGCGUUUAAAAGUCCAGAGAAACAGAACAGAAAUAAUCUUGGGGCCUGUGUCAGAUGACCACAACGCAUUAAGGUUGGUGCAUAUAUCGUCUGAAGUAGUAGGAGAGAGCUGGCAAACCGCAACUUAACAAUGAAUGGAAAGCGAAUGAGUUAGCCCUAAGGUGUGCAGCGAAUCACUUUAUUGCGGCCCAUAGCAGAUCACAUGCAAUACGCUGUUAUUAAGCUGCACAAAAAAGAUUGGACCAAGAAAACCGACAUUUACUAGGGAUCUUAUUAUGACUGAAUGAGGGCCAUACUGGGUAUCUUAAUAGGACACCGUUCGACUAAAUCGGCAUAUGAUCCCCUUGAACGUAGCAGAAGAGGCUACCUGCCACUUCUGAGGUUAGAGACAGAGAUGGAAAGGAUUACGUACAAGCUAUGUCUAUUAAACAAGAGUCUAGCUCAGAGGAUCAACGCUAAGACGUGCUACGAUAAAACGCUGGAAGAGAUGGAAGAGAAAUAUGCUAACCUGGUGAAGGACUCCGCAGAGCUCCUCAAGUAUAUCAGAGAAGAGUUUGGUGACCUUGAAUCCAUGCUCAAUAAGAAAACAAGUACAGAUGAAGGUCCAACGGGAGGAUAUGUCGUUGAUACCCAGGCCAGUGGUGAGAGGGGUAAAACUUGCAAAUGCAAGCCUUUAAGGGAGAAGCUCAUUCCCGACAGAUACAUCGAAAAAGACGAAUCGGAAUUGAGGGUACAAGCGCAUGAAGAAGAAGUAGCGAAAUUCGAAUUUGACCUUAUAGCGGAGCAGCCAAUGGAAAAAACAAUCAAGUCGACUGAGUCCCCACUCAAGGGCAUGUUCGAAGGAGAUGUAACGUCCUACGAUGAAGUUAUGGAGAAUGAUGAUUCCCCGAAGAGUAUUGACGACGUCAGACGUAGCAGCUCUUCGAAGAACCACAGCAGGAGAGCCACUGCAGAAGGCAGCACGUUUACUUAUACUGCCACGUCUUACGCACAAGACCCGUAGCAGCGCGAUUAGUUUGGAAGAUAAAAUAUCCGAUGAUUUUCAUCUGAAAACAUUGACAUGUAGAUUGUCUCCAUCAAAAAAUAUAUACAGUCCCAGUACCUACAUA